AUGGCACAACAUAAAACUAAGAAAUCUACUACAAAAGCGGAUAAAAUGAACUUUUUAAACAACAAGGCGGCAACAACUACAGAGACCACGUGGGCCGCUCUACAAGAUAGCGCUGAGGACUUGGACCAUGACCCCAACUCAGCUCCACAUGAUGAGCCAAAUAAAUCGGAGGGACUCACCAAAAUAUACAUUGAGCAAACCAUCGAAAACUUGUCAGCAAAACUAAUUCAAACUUGGAAAGUGACGGCAGAUCAGAUCAGAAAGUAAGCGAGGGACAUCAUCAGUAGAGCAGCACUGCCAAGACCUGGACACCGUGCAAACAGAACAGCAAAUGAACUACAAGCCCUGCAACAACAAGUGGAGAGCAUGGAAACCCAUAUGGCAGACUACGAGGACAGAGCCCGCCGGAAUAACCUGAGGUUACACGGCAUUCUGGAGACCGUGCUCCCUAACGACUUGCCGGUCUUCGUUACAGGCCUACUACACGCCUAUGCACCGGACAUCCCGGCGGACAUGCUCCUGGUAGACAGGCUGCACAGGGUCCCGAAACCAAGACAUUUACCGGACUCCACACCCCGCAAUGUGCUCAUCAGAACACAUUACUACCACAUCAAGGAUCCUCAAAACGCACGGUAA